AUGACCGAUGCUAUAUUCUAUAAAGCAGUGCUCGAAUGGUUGGUGGAAAGAGUUGCGCGAGUCCGUCCGGACACUGUUGAUAGCUGGCGGCUUCAUCACCACAAUGCUGGCGCUCACACGGCGCUUUUGGGAAUGGAGUUCAUUUUUCGCGUCGCUAUGUCGAUUCUUCAGCAAGCUCGCGUCGAAUUGCUUAGGCUGGACAUGGAAGGCAUGCUCAAGUAUUUUCAACGAGAUAUUCGAGAACGUUUCGAACAUGACGCGGACUUAUUAUUUGCUUCGGCAAAUAAGGUGCACCUAAACGCCAAGAGGAUGAGGAACACUUUAGACAUAGUCAAAGAACCCUAUUAA